GCUUCUGAAUUAACGAAGACAGAACACGGCGAGAUGAUGUUGGUUCCAUUCAUACUUGUGCUCAUCUGCAUUGGUGGGAGCCAAGGCUCUCCAUAUGUUCUGUAAUGCGAACACCUGCAAGAAAAUGUGCAUCGAGCGAUACGGCAAUGAAAGUGACGUACACUCAGAAUGCUUGAACGACAUGUGCAACUGUGCCUGGAAAAAAGAUUGCGUGCUCUCCGAAUGCAAACUUCUAUGCGCCGAGAGGUAUCCAGGAAAGCCGAACGUUGACUUUAAGUGCAAGGACAAGCUCUGCGUCUGCGAAUGGACGGAGUUCGAGACAGGCUCCACGACAAAGACAGCACCACCUUAUGUUGACAUCGGGAAGAACAAGAAUGCACGUGGACUCCAGUCGAGAAGGCGUUCCAGCAUCGCGAGAAAGAGGUCCGCUGACGCAGCAGCUCCUUAGCUGGCAAGGAUUUCUGCAGACAGCACCCAAGAAAACUAGUGCUCCGUUUACAAAGAAAACAACUUUAAAAGAAACGGGCCAGGACGCCAACCAUAAAUGCAGUUAAAAUCGUUUUUAACGUUUCAUCUUCCCUACAAUGAUAUUGCGAACAAGGCCACGGUAUUGUGAAAAAGGCUUCUGUGGGGGAGCCGAAUCGUUAAAAGCGGGUUUAAAUCUCCUUCAGCUUGAUGUCCUGGCCCCUUCCUCUAAAAUGAAUUAUCCCGACCUGACUGCUUCCCGUCACACACUCGCCUUCACAAAUAAAACUAAUGUUUCUUUGUAUAAGCUACAAGGUCGUUAGUUCGUUUCUUAUGCUCCCUCAAUAUCCAAGCUGCGAAGAAGGGCAGUCCGGCAUAUCAUGAUGAAAUUUGUGCUUUGCCAGAGUAUUUUAAAAACAUGAGGCAUCCACAGGUCAAGUGCGUCUUCGGUAUAACAAUGUACCCCCCAGCUAUAUGAUCUGGGCGAACGCAUACACUGUUGACAGGAGCGGGCCGAGACAGCGUGUCGACCGGUGCGCAUGGUCACAGAAUCGAAGCGAAGCAGCGAAAAAAAAAA